AUGAUAUAAUACAUCUUGUUAGUUAUGUAGUUAAUUAGAACUAUAAAUACCUAACUUUAAUAAUGCCAAUGUUAUCAUAUUACUGAUUAAUUCAUUUGUGAGAGAUCUAAAAGAUGUUAAUGGUUAAAUAAUAUAUGCAAUUAAAAUUCAAAUUACAUCAUUAGAAAUGCCAAUAAAUGUGAAUCAUUUUUAGAAGAAGAAUGUGUUCUAUAAAUAGAUUGUUCAUUUUAAGAUGGUUCAUGUAUAGAUUUCAAAGGAUGUGAAAUUAUUACAAAUAAUAAAUGUGCGUCAUCAAUAAAUUGCAUCUCAGAUGGACAUAUAUGCAUAUUGAAAAAUUAAUGCUAAAAUUACCAAACAUAAGUAGCCUGCUAAAAUUAAGAUAUACAUGGAGGAUAUUGUACAUGGAAUAUAAAACAAAUUCCUAAAUGUUCAAAGAUCUUAAAUUGUUCUGAUUUACCUAUUUUAAGAUCUCAUUUUUUAUGUGAAACUGCUUUAAAUCAUUGUACAAUCAAUUAGAAAGGAAUGUGUGUAACUAAGGCUAUUUCAUGUGAAGAAUAUAAAAUAUAUUAAUGUUUCAAUACUAUUUAUGGUAAGGAAUGUUUUUGGAAUCAAUCAUAAUCAUAAUGUAUGGAAAGAAUAUGUGUGAAUGCUUAAUUUUCUACAGAUAUAUUAUGUAAUUAGUUUUUAUCAACUUGUACUACUAAUGGCUUUAAUUGCAUAUAAAGAACAUAUUGUCAUGAUAUUCAACAUGUAAAUGGUUGUGUCUUAGACAUUGAGCAUAAUAAAUGUUUUUGGACAGGAAAAAUAUGUAUUAAAAAAGUGUGUUAAUAAAUUCCAAAAGGAGAAGAUUGCAACACAUAUUUUUAAGAUUUGGAUUGUGUUACAACUAAAUAAGGUAAUUGUAAAUCUAGACCUUAAAAUUGUAAUUAAUUUGAAACACAAGACUCAUGUUUGAUUGAUUAUGAAUAAAAACAAUGUUGGUGGGAAAAUAAUUAGUGCAUUCUAAAAACUUGCUAAAUUGCACCAUAAUAUUCAAACUGUGCUUUAUGGAAAGAGGAUAUAUCAUGUAUUGGUGAUUUAAAUGGAUAUUGUAUUGAUUUGCCAUAAUAUUGUUCGUCAGUAACAGAUAAUGCAUAUUGUUAUAAAUAAAAUUCUGGUGAUUUAUGUCAAUUCUAUAAUUGUACAGUUGCUUAUUGUUCAAAAGCUCCAAUAAGUUACAAUACUCAUAUAUAAUGUGAAUAAUGGAAUAUAAAUUGUACAGUUGAACUGAUGGAUUCUAAUUCAAGUAUAGGAUUAGGUUGUGUAUAUAAGUUUAAAAAUUGUAAAGAUUAUGAUAAUGAAAUCUAAUGUAAAAGUACUUUAGAUAGAAUACAAUGUUAAUUUAUGAAUGGGAUAUGUUAAGAAAAAACUUGUGAAAUGGGUAAUUUUACAACAUAAUAAGAAUGUUAAAUUUGGAAAAGUAAUUGUAUAAUAAAUGAAUUUGGUAAUUCUUGUAAAGAUUGGCCAAAUAAUUGUAAUGAAUUAUUGAGUGAAGAAUAAUGCUAGAUUGGUUUAUAAUCAGGUAUAUAUUGUGAAUGGAAUGAGAAUUAAUGUUAUUUUUAAUAGAAUAAUUAAAUAUGCAAUACAGCAAAUAAUAUAAGUUAAUAUGAUAAUCAUGAGAAAUGUAAUAGAUGGAAUGGAUUAUGUACAGUAAUUUAAAAAGUUUAUGGUUGUGAAGCAAGAUAAAAUUGUGAAGAUUAUUUAUAUUAACAUUAAUGUAUUAUAGGUAUAGAUAAUUAGAAAUGUUAAUGGGAUGGAAUACAAUGUAUUAGGAAAUGUGAUAGGUAUUAAAUAGAGACAGUUGAUAUUAAUUAAUGUUUAGCUAUUGAUUCUAGUUGUCAACUUAAUAAUUUAGAUGCUGUUUGUAUUUAUAAAACAUACUGUAAAGCUUAUAAAAACAAAUUAGAUUGUAAAAUUAAUAAUAAUGAUUAACCAUGUAAGUGGAAUGAAAUAGAUUAAAAAUGUUAAGAUGUUGUUUGUGAAGAUAAUACUACUGCUGUAACAGAAAGUGAAUGCACAUAUUUUCUAAAUUAUUAAUAAUGUUAUUUAGAUACAAUUGGUUGUUUAACAAGACCAUAAAAAUGUGAUUAAAUCUUUAAUAAUAUUAUAUGCAAUAAAACUAUACCAAGAUGUAUGAUUAAUUACUGUUAUUAUACAAAUGGUUGUUGCACAGAAAUAUUGGCUAAUUAAUGUGAAUUAAUUAUUGAUUCUACAAAUGAUUAUGAUUGUUAAAAACAUAAUCCUGAUUGCAUAUUAAAUAUACUUACAGGAAUAGGAUGUAUGCAUUCUAAUAAUUGCGAAUAUAUAAAAGAUUAAACACUUUGCACAUCCAUUAAUGGUACAUUAAAAUUACCUACUGGAAAUACUUGUGUCUCUUAUAAUAGUAAAUGUUAUUCUUAAUAGAAUUGUAAUGGAUUUCAUACAAAUUGUAAUGCACUUGCAGUUUAAAAUGUUAAUUGUAAAAUGGGCACAUCUGGAACAUGUGUUUAGAAAUUAUGCAGUGAUUUUGUUGGUGUUAUCAAUGCUACGAAUUGUUAAAACUUUUAAUCAUUUUGUUAUUAUAUUGGUUCUAAAUGUGUUACUGUUUUGAAUUGCAGUGAUUUAACUUCAUCUGGUUAAACCGUAUGCAAUUCUAGGAAAACAAUAAAUGGAUAAUAUUGUUAAUGGAAUGGCACUUCUUGUUAAAUAGUUUCAUGUUCAAUCAUUAGUGGAAAUAAUUGUUUACUUUAUAAUAAUAAAUGUAUUGAAGGAACUCCUAAUUGUGUUGAUAUUACUAAUUGUCAUCAAAUCACAAAUUAAAUUUAUUGUUAUUUAGCAUAUAAUACUUCUAAUCUUAAAUGCUUAUGGGUGAAUUCUUCAUGUGUUGAUUAUUUCGAUUGUACUAAUACUUUUACAACUAGUUAUAAUGAAUAUUAAUGUAUAAAAUAUGAUCUAUGUAAAUUAUCUAAAACAACAACAGGAUGUGAAUUCAAAUCAUGUAAUGAGUAUUUGUAAAUGGAAUAUUGUAAUAAACUUAAUUAAUGUAUUUGGAAUGAUAAUUAAUGUUAAAAUAAAAAUUAAUGUUAAUUCUAACUUAAUUAAAAUGAUUGCUAAUAAUUUACUUAUUGUUUUUGGAAUACAACCACAUGUAAUUAAAAUAUAUGUGAGACAGCUACUACUUAAUUAUCAUGCUUAUAAGUUAUUUUAAAAAGUGGAAACAAAUGUUUAUGGACUAAUAAUAUUUGUAAAGAAUAGUAUUAAUGUUCUUAAAUAAAAAACCCUUUAUUUUUUGAAGAUUGCUAUCUAUAAAAUAAUGGAUGUGUAAUUAAAUAUAAUUUUAGUAAUAAAUCUAGUUAUUGUUAAACCAAAAAGGCUGAAUGUUCUUAGUAUACAUCUAUUUAUUAAUGUACAAAAGAUAUUUAUGAUAAUUUAUGCAAAUGGGAUAUUAGUACUUCUGCUUGUAUUUACAAUUAAUGCUCAAUUUAUAUUACUUCAGAUAAUAUUUAUAGCAAUUGGAUUUGCUAAUAACUAAAUAAUAAAUGUGUUUUGAAUACAACAUUGGAUGGUUGUAGAACUAUUUUGGUCUCAUGUAAUUUAUAUACAACAUAAUAAUUAUGUUAAUAUGCAUUGACAACAACAAAUAAGUAUUGUUUUUGGAAUGGAUCUUCUUGUAUUGAUGCUUAAUGUUCUUAAUAUAAUUCAUUAGUAUCUCCUCCACUAUUAUGUGAAUAAUAUAGUCAAUGUAAUUUAAUAGGAACUAAUUGUUAAAAUAAAUUAGCAGCAUGUACUUCUUAUUUAGAUCAAAGUAUAUGUAAUUCAACAACAGAUUUAUUAUCGAAUAUUUGUGUAUGGAUUAAUAAUAGUUGUGUUAUUAAAACUUGUUCUAAUUAUCCUUUAAACAAUUUUAAUCAUACAAAUUGUUCUUAAUGGUUAAAAUAAUGUACAGUAAAUUAAUAAGAAACUUAAUGUAUUAAUAUAAACGAUUGCACAACAGCUCCUUAAGAAAUUGAUACAAUUAAUAAGUGUGAAUAAUUUUAAUUAUAAACAAAUUAAGUUUGUACAAUAUCAUCACUUCAAGGUGGUUGUACAAAUUUAGUAUCAAAUUGUAGUUUAGCUUCUAAAACAUAAUGUAUUAUUGAUGCAAAUCGAAAUAAAUGUUAUUGGAGCAAAUAAUUUGGAAUUUGUAAAGAAUUGAAAUGUAUUAAUAUAGAUAACACAGUCACAACUGCUAUUGAUUGUGAAUAGUUAUUAAAUGAAUGUACAUUAGCAAAUUCUGGAUUGGGAUGCUAAAAUAAAUUAUCUUGUAAUAGUUAUAAUAAUAAUACUUGUAAAUUUUUAAAUAUUCGAGAUAAUAAUUAAAGAAAUUGUGUUUAAGGGUGUUAAAUAGUAGUUUGUGAAGAUUAUUAUUAUUAAACUGAUAAGUAUUGUAAAUCCAUACUUGAGGGUUAAUGUAUUACAAACGGUGUUUAAUGUAUAACAUCAUAUAGUUGUAGUGAUUUUAUAUUUGAUUAUCAAUGUUUAAUAUCAAGAUAAGGGUUUUAAUGUUUAUGGUUAAAUAAUUAAUGUAUAAAUAGAAAAUGUGAAUUAGCAGAUGUUACUCAUUAUAAUAAUCAUUAUUAAUGUUAGAAUUUCAUGAUAUCUUGCACUUAUAGUAAAUAAAAAAAUAGUUGUGUGGAAAUAAAUGAUUGUUAAAGUUAUGAUAAUAUAGAAUCUUGUUUUUUAGAUAAGUAUGGUUAAUAAUGUGUUUGGAAUGGAGAGAAAUGUUAUGAUAUAAAAUGUGAAAAUAUUUGUGGAGAUGGAAUAGUAAGAGUGGAUAUAGAAUAAUGUGACGAUGGAAAUUAUAUAAAUUAUGAUGGAUGUUAUAAUUGUUAAUUUAGUUGUGUAAUAGGAUGUUUAACUUGUUAUGAAGGUAUUUGUGUAGAAUGUGAUUAUGAACAUGGUUAUUAUUUAGAUACAAUAGAUAACUGUAUAACAAAAUGUGGAGAUGAAAUAAUUUAAGGAAAGGAAUAAUGUGAUGAUGGAAACUUGGAUUAAUAUGAUGGAUGUUUCGAAUGUAUAUUUUAAUGUCAUUAUGCAUGUAUUUUAUGUUCAUAAGGUAUAUGUUUAGAAUGUUAAUAUGGAUGGACAAUAACACUAAAUGGAUAAUGUGAAGUGAUAUGUGGAGAUGGCAUAAUAGUGUCUACAACUGAUCAAAAUAAUGAAUAAUGUGAUGAUGCUAAUAUAGAAUCAUUAGAUGGAUGUUCAUCAACUUGUAUGGUUGAACAAUAAUGGAAUUGUAUCCAUGAUCUUAAUGGACCAUCUCUAUGUUCAUUUAAUUAAUAGCCAUCCAUGAUUUUAACACUCUUAACUCCUACACCAAACUACAUCUAAUCCACUAAAUUAUCAUUUACUUCUAAUCUCAAAUAUCUCAAUAUUUCUAAUAAUUUUACGCUUCUGUAAGUAUCUAUUCUAAAUCUAAAUCCUACUCUUUAUAAAAUUGAUAUAAACAAUACUAAUUCAUCUUAUUCAACUCAUACAUAUCAACCUAUUGAAUAUCUAAUUAUUGCAGAAUUUCUAAUUAGUGUAGAAAAUCCAACACUCUAAGUUAAUUUUAAAGGUUCAGAAUUUCAAGAUUCAAAUAAUCAACAUCCAAUAAAUACUUAAUAAACAAUUAGAUUAUUUACCUGCUAUUAUGAAACUGCCUCAGAUAAACGCAUUUCAUCAACCACAACUGUAUUUAAUUCCAUACUUUUAUAUAUAUUAUUAGCCAUUGCUUUGAUAUCUAUUAUAACUGGAAACUUAGAUAUAUUUUGGAAUCUCUUAGAUAUGGUUUAAUAUUUAUCAUAUAUUUAAUAUAUUAAUAUACAAUUUCCUACCAAUCUUAAUUCCUUCUUUGAUUUAUUUAGGAUUAUUACUUUAUAACCAUUCCUAGAUUUUAUUCGAUUUUAAACUAUCAUAAAUCUAUUUAGUUUUGGUGAAACAAUCUUUAUUUAAACCACUAAUAAAUUUUAAGAUGAUAAUAUUAACGCUUUUUACUUUUAUAAUUUUGGAAGUUCCCUACUAAUUUUUGGUACUACUUUUGCUUCCUUUUAUAUUACUCUGGCACUCAUUCAUACUAUUAAUAAAUAUCUUCAUCAUAUGUAUGAUCAUAUCUAUUUAAUCAAAUUACUAUAAUAAUUAUUUAGAAUAUUAGUUAAAUUUCAAAUCUACUUCUACUACUCUGGAAUUAUUAGAAUAUUUUUAACUAAUACAUAUGAUAUUUUAUUUACUGUACUACUUUAAUUAUAUUAUCCAAAUUUCCAGAAAUUUAUUACAUUUUUUAGUUUCCUAAUUGCAGCAGCUUCUUUUACCUUUAUCCUAUUCCUUAUUUACUUUAUUAUGUCAAAAUAAACAUUAAAAUCUUAUGCAAAUAGUGAUAAAUAUACUGUUCUAUCUGAAGGAGUUACUUCCAAUUAGGGAUUCUGGGCCAGAUAAUUCAAUUCAUUAUUAAUAAUCAAAAAAUUAGUAUUUAUGCUUUUACUUAUCUUUAUGUAAGAAGCUGCAUAAUUAUAAACCACUUUAAUCUCUAUCGCACAUAUUUCAUUUGCAAUAUAUCUCUUAUCUAAAAAACCAAUGACUAAUCAAUAUGAAUACUACAAAAUGAUAUUUGUUGAAUCCAAAAUCACUUUUGCUACUAGCUUAUUUAUUUUAUACUCUAUCCCCAAUCUCACUUUAGACUAAAAAUAUAUUAUUGGGUGGUUACAUAUUGCUAUUUUUACUUCCAUUCUUAUAUUUUCUGUCUUCCUGGAUUUAACUUAUCAAUUCAAAGUUAUUAGAGAUAAACUCUUAAAAUCCUGUGGAAAUAAACAUGCACCAAAUUAAAAAAUUAUAUUAUUUGAAACAAUACCUAUGAAAAUGACUAAUUUAUGA